CUUACCGCCUGCUCAUAACCCGCCCGUUCACAUCAGUCCCUCAGCUCUGCCCACAGCCAUGCCCUUCUCCGACAACGACAUCCCCAGCCUGGCCGGCAAGGUCGCCAUUGUCACCGGCGGCACUUCGGGCCUUGGAUAUGCCACCGCCCACCAGCUCGCCAAAGCCGGUGCCGAUGUCAUCAUCACCGCCAGGAAUGACGAAAAGGGCCAGAAAGCCGUUGCCGAGCUCAAAGCCCUGCUUGGCGACUCGGCCAAGAUCUCAUAUGCUGUCCUGAACAACGAGGACCUUCAUUCUGUCGAAGCCUUCGCCAGGUCCUUCGGCGAGACUCAUGACUCACUCGACAUCCUGGUCAACAAUGCUGGCAUCGGCAUGCCUCCAUGGAAGCCCAUCCACGGCGUCGAGUCCCAGAUCCUGGUCAACCAUCUCUCGCACUUCCACCUCACCAACCUGCUCCUGCCCAAGCUCGAGAAGGCCGGCGAGCUCCAUGGCGACGCGCGCAUCGUCAACGUUUCCAGCGCCGGCCACGGCUUUGCCAGGCCAUCUGCAACCAAUCCCAACGUUGUGGACUGGGUCAAAGCAAACGAGGAAAAUUCGUUUGAAGGAGCCCGAAACUACGGCUUCAGCAAGCUCGCCCAGAUUCACCACGUUGCCGAGCUCACGAAGCGCCUCGGACCCGGAAGCAAGAUCCGCGCCAACGCCGUACAUCCCGGAAGCGUCCACACCAACAUUGCCGGAUCCGACAAGCAAACCUCGAGCUGGUUUGGCCGUGCCAUUGGCUUCUUUAUCAACACAUUCGGCUCCUCGCCCAACAUCGGUGCUCUUACGCAGCUCUACCUGGCUGCCUCGCCCGAGGUCGUGACCAAGGACAUCCGCGGCAAAUACUUUGUCCCUGUUGCCAAGGAGCAGCUCCCGACUCCCCUUGGCCGCAGCGACGAGGGCGCCGUUGCGACCUGGAAAUGGUCCGAGGAAACCGUUGCGCGCAUCCUGCAGGAACAGCACUAAAGCCUCGCAAAGAGCGAUGGCGGAGGAGGCCAUACGGCAUCGCGUUGGCGGCAGCGGCAGCGACAUUGCAGACACGCGGCUGCAAUGAUUUUGUUAGCGAUUGCCGCACUGCCCAAGAUGGGCCUCACCUCCAACACAUGCCUUCGGCUCUGUUCGUCAACGGGUGCUCCGCAACGACGACAGCCGCUUUUUUCUUCUUGUUCAUCGCCCUCAUUACUGUCAAUCCAAUCCCACCAGAUGCGAACCUGGCUUGUGAAUAUACCGUCAUUUUGUUCCUA